GGAGGAGAGAGAAGAAGAAGAAGCAGAGGAACAAACGAGCAGGCAGAGAGAGAGAGAGAGAGAGAGAGAGGCAGAGGAGGAGGAGAAGAAUAAAGAGAAGAAUAAAUAGAAGAGGAGGAGGAGUGUGGAUGUAGCGGUUUGCGGACGGUUUGCGGAGAAUGCGCAGCUGCUGAGCGGCUGUAACUUUGUGAAUCUGCAGAGACGCAGAGGAUGGGAGUGACCUGCUGCUCCAGAUGUGUCUCAGUCUUCCUGUCUCUGCACAUCUUCUCGGUGUUGCAGACGGUGCUGGUCAGCGCUGGUCAAUGUGACUCGGUGUUUAAAGGAUUCUCGGACUGUCUGCUUCAGCUGGGGGAGAACAUGGCCAACUAUCCCCAGGACCUGGACGACAGGGAGAACCUGCACAAGAUCUGCACUUACUGGGAUAACUUCCACUCCUGUGCCACAACGGCGCUGGCCGACUGCCAGGAGGGAGCGACGGACCUCUGGGAGAAACUGAAAAAGGAGUCCCGCAAUCUGGAUUUCCGUGGGAGUUUGUUUGAACUCUGUGGCGGCGGCAACGGAGCCCCCAGAUCUGCCGACGCCAGGGGCCUCGCCUGGGUUCUAACCACACUGCCCACCAUACUGACUUGGCUGGCGUUUUAACAGAAACGAGGAAAAAAUAAAAACACAAGGGAAAAGAAGAAAAAACGGAAAAAACCCAAAUAAAAAAAGAAAAUAGAAAAAGAGUGAUAGCUACUCUUUGAUACUAAAAAUACGACUUCCAGGACUGAGUUUGAAUUCAUCACCAGAAAACUACGCCCGAUACGGAUUUUAAUUAUUGCAUCACUCCACGGCGGCCUGGUUUGCCUUCCGGGGACGUCGGCAGCUCGUCCUCCUGGAGCGCUCAUCCAAUCACACGCUGACCCGGUCGACGACAUGAAAUAUUCAACGAGCCGUUGAGCUGAACUGAUGACAAUGAUGAAAAUUUGAUGGAUUCUUGGCCACUUACAAUCGUGGAAUUACACAGUGUUAGAGUCAACCAUGAAUUAUUGAUGUUUAGUGGGCUCGGCCUCGACGCCACCAUGUGACUGCGGGGUGCUGACACAGUAUCAGGCUGUAUAUUAGGUUCCCUGCCCGAGGCACAUCUUCACGUGCACGCCAGGCCAAGCUUAACGCCAUCAAAUCAAUAAGACAAGCCAAGGCCUCCAGUCCAUUUCAGAGCCGUCACCUCAUCUCCAUCGUGGACAGUUUCUCCUUUUUUACUGCACCGGCUCCGUUGAGCUGGUGGGUUGGACGGACUGAAGGCUCGAUGCCGAUGUGACAUUUGUAUUCUCCGCUCGUCGUGCUCCGGCCACGGUCACACAAGCUUCUGUUCAUCAUGGCGACAUUUAGCAGCAACUUGAAUUUGUUUGUCGUCACAGUCGGUGGUCCGUUUCCAGCUGCACAGGUAAAUCUGUGGCACUGACGAAAGCAGCUGAGCGGUAACUGACCGUGGAUCUGUGCAGCACGGCUUGCAGUUCAUUGUGAGCCUGCAGGGGGCAUGCUUUUAAAUGCAUAGUGUUUUAAUUUUGGUUGUUGAGACGGCUACAACCAAACCCAGCUGGAGAAACGUCGCUCGGCCACUUCCUGCUGUGACCGUAGCAUCGUUUCCCUCAGCGAGCUCCGAGCUGUGAGGACGUAGAGUUCAUCAUCAGUUCACACUGAUCGUCUGCAUCAAGUCGCUUCAGCUCAAACGUUUCAGGAGAUGAGCACAAACUGAAAUGUUGAUCGUCGCUCGUGAUGACGUUUAUUUAGUUUUUCACUGAAGGUUUAAAAGUAUUUAUCCUCCACUUCCCCAAAUAAUAUGGUCCGACUAAAAAGAUUAGCUUCAGCUAAAAGGAAGCUGAAACCUUGGUUUUAAAGGCUAGCUGACAGUUUGCGUUAGCAGAUGAAACAUAUGUUGAGUUUAACAGUUAAAUAAGAUUGUACUGUGUUAGCUAAAAGCUCGGGUUGGGUUUGUAAACACUUUGGUUUAGUGGCCAAAAGAAGAAAAGUGGUUCAAUCACACAGAUCGUGUGUGUUAACAGUUGAUAGCUCAGUUUGGAAGCUAAAGUAGAAUCCUGUUAACUAAUAGUUGAGUUUUACAGAGAAACCGUUUUGAGUUAAAACAUUUGUUUAAGAUGUCAGGUUAGAGAAACGGUUGAAGACUCAGGUUAGCUGAAGUUAGCAUGUCGUAAAAUGAGCUUUUCAGUUGAGAGAGUUUGGUUUAACUUUUUGAUGCUGAUUUCAAACUGAAAAACAUAAAACUGUUCAACUUUAAUGUCUCAUGAAGGAAAUAAGUCGUUUUUGUGCUCAUUUCCUGAAAUCUCUUUAAUCGUACCGAACUCUAUCCAUGUUGGUGGUUGAUUUCCCAUCAUGCCUCUGUCUCGCUCCCCGCUCGGCAGAUCCAUGGGUUAGAAAUGAAGGAAUCUGUGGGUUAAAGAAAGAAAUUAGAUUUUAUUUUGAAAAGCUGACAGCAAUACAACACAGUGACUUCAUGGCCAGUGUAGCUACAAAUAAAAAGUAUAUAUAUAAUAAAAAACCGUGGCUGAAGAGCGAUACGACUGUUUCCAUUGAGCACCCCCCCCCCUCCAUCUGCGGUGAUUCAUACUAGACGAUUCUAGAGGUGAUGUAUUUUAGGUCUGUACGUGAAACAGCUGAGUCCCAACAGAACCACAUGUUCCACGGACAUACAGUCGUUAACAUGGAGGAGGGAGUUCAUUUCUCUGCUGAGGCUCAGGCGUAGUUUCACCGCCUUCUGACACGUGUUCUUCUGUUCGUCUCUCUGUUCGUCUCUUCGUUCGUUUAUGGGGAUGUCGCGUAACGACGUUUAAAAAAAGGACUUAUUCCAAAAAUCAUCUAAAUAAGAGAAUAUGUGUAUCAAAGGGAUUUUGAGAAAAUAAAAGAGUUCUAUUAUAAAUAGUAUCCCAGACAGUUUUAACACGAGAUUGAUACGAAUUAUAAACCUACUGAGAUAUUUAAAAGAAAUAUAAAAGAUUGCUCAAAUGAUAAAGAUUCAAUAAAUAA